AUAUUAUGGAAAUACAUCAUAGUUACAUUGUAAAGAGAUAUGCAUAGAAAGGUGGUAAAUCAAAACAAUGAAAACAAUUAAACUGUUAGUAAACAAGUAUUAUUCUACUUUUGAGUACAUCUUGAACAUUAGAAAAACUCGAAUAUGAAUGAAUUGACACUUCACAUGAGUGAUACUUAUUAAUUAAUUCUUAGUAACUAUGAAAAAGAGGUUAUGUUGUGUUUCGUACAACUUUAAACGUUAUUUAUAUCAUUAAUAUUAUUUUCUACAUAUUGUUUUUUGUUGAAUUAAUUUCUUUUUAUUUCCAAGUCUGAUCAAUUCAAUGCAGUUUUAUACAUGUAAACAAAUAUAAAUUCUUCUACAUAUUUUUUUCUAAAAGAUUAAAAAAAAAAAAAAAGAAAAAAAAAAUCAAAAUGUACACUUUAAGAUCUCUCUUUCAUGUUCGAUUAAAUAAAACUUUGUUGAACAAAAGCAUGUAUUUAAUGCAUAAAAAAAUAGACUCAGCAAUAUGUAAUGUUUUAUGUAAAUUCAAACAUACUACAGAAGUAUUAGAAUUUAUUGAAACCGAAGAAGAGCAUGAAUUAUACAAAGAAAUUUCUAAUCAGUAUCUUGGAGUAAUAGCUGGAGGGCAUAAAGUUUUUUUAUUGCAACCAUAUAUAAAAUGGGGUAAAGAUAAGAAAAAGAAUACUACACCAGAAUUGCAAAUGGCUGAAUCAGUAGCACUCGUAGAGAGUUUACCAUAUUGGACUGUAAUAGAUAAAACAUUUGCUCCAUUAUUGUCAUUUCAAAAAAAAUAUUUAUUGGGUUCAGGUGGACUUGAUAAUCUUGUGAAACAAAUUAAAAAAAACAAAGAAAUUACAGCUAUAUUUAUUAGCAUAAAUUUAUUAAAACAUAUACAAAGAAUGGAACUUCAAAAUGUUUUAGGUUUGCCUAUUUAUGAUCGAUAUUCAAUAAUCAUACAUAUAUUUCGUGAACAUGCUAAAACUCCUGAAGCACAAUUACAGGUAGCUUUGGCUGAAUUGCCAUAUAUUUGGAAGAAAAUGGGUGAAGUUUAUGAUCAACACAGUGGUCAAAUCAAUUUUGAUGAAAAUAGGAAAAAAUUGUUGAAAGCACGUGAAUCCAAGCUAAAAAAGGCAUUAGAGAAAUUGAAGGAAAAUAAAAAAGACAGUAGGAAUCGGAGAAAAAAAUUUGGUUUUCCAAGUAUAACUGUGAUUGGAUAUACAAAUGCUGGAAAAUCAUCUUUAAUAAAAAUAUUAUCAGAAGAUGAAAGCUUAAAACCAAGAAAUCAAUUGUUUGCCACAUUGGACACAAUUUCUUACGAAGGGUUACUUCCAUGUAGACAGAAGGUGUUAUAUAUGGAUACAAUAGGUUUUAUUCAAGAUGUACCAGAAAUGUUACUAGCACCAUUUAUAGUUACUCUUGAAGAUGCUAUAAUCUCUGAUGUUAUUGUACAUGUCUUUGAUAUUAGUCAUCCUGACAUGAAGGCACAAUUUCAACAUGUAGAAAAAAUAAUAAAACCUAUGUUAAAUGAAAACCAAUCAAUAAUAUAUGUGGCUAAUAAAUGUGAUCUUAUUGAUAAGGUUGACAUAGAUGAAAAUACAAUUGCUAUUUCCUGUAAAGAUUUAAGAGGCAUUGAUGAAUUAAAAUUAAAAUUAGAACAAGAAAUUUUCAAAGUAACAGGUAGGUCAGUGAAACGUAUUAGAGUAAAGUCUGGAAGUUUAGCAUCAUCGUGGUUAUACAAAUGGACAACGGUAUUAAAUUUAGAACCGGAUACUAAUGAUCCUCAAUAUAUGUUUAUCGAUGUUGUAGCUACUGAUUUAACAAUUAAUGAAUUUAAGCGAUUUUUGAAAGAAUAAAAUUCGAUUACGGUAAUGCAA